AUGACCGACCUGGACGCUGUAUUCGACGAGGAGGCCGAGGUGGGCUCCCUCCCCCCCUCCCCAGACCCAGAGGGGUCGGCCUCGGAUGUUAGAGGCGAGGUCGAGGUCGCAGCACUCCAUCCCCCCGACACGGGAUAUGCCUGGUCGUUCCUGGUGGCCGGGACGGUUAUCGAGCUGUUCGUGUGGGGCUUGCCGUGGAGUGUGGGAGUCCUACAUGAGUUCUGGGCGCGCGACAUGUUUCCCGGUCAAGAAAGUACUUUGACUGUAGCGGCGACAUUGAUGACUGGCGCAAUGUACAUGACUGCCGCGAUUGGGCCAUUGUUUACAAUGUUUCCGCAAUACACGAAACACAUGCAGGUCGUCGGCAUGGCGGUCGCUUCUGUCGGGCUGGUAUCGUCGGCAUUCGUGACUUCGGCAGGACAGCUUAUCGUCACGUUGGGCGUGCUGUAUCCGUUUGCCGGCGCGCUUUACCUUCCGUGUGCGACGAUGAUUUAUGAGUGGUUCCACGCCAGGCGCGGCUUGGCCACCGGUAUCAUGUUUGGCGGCACCGGAGUUGGAGGAACGAUAUUUCCUUUUGUGACGACGGCUCUCCUCCAUCGGUUCGGAUACAAGGCGACCAUGAUCAGUAUUGGCUUGGCCUUUGCAGUGGUUAAUUCCAUCGCUCUCUAUUUCGUCAAGCGCCGUAUCCCCGUCCCCCGGCGAUCGAUCAAGGCAACUUUGAAAAAGGACCGCAACACCGACUGGUCGUUUUGGAAACAUCGCAGUAUUUGGCUCGCCACAGCAAUCAUCCUCAGUACCAGCAUGGGCAACUUUCUCCCAUCGCUUUGGAUGCCGAGUUACGCCGAGGCGAUCCAUGCGCAUUCGCCGGACGGGACUGCGUUGGUGGCUAUCAUGAACGCGGCCAGCGUUCUGGGAAACACAAUUACGGGGUAUUUGAGUGAUCGCCUGCCAACGCGGAUUGUGGUUACGCUAAGCUGCAUUCUCGCGAGCUUUGCCUGUCUCGCUCUGUGGGGACUGGGGACUAGCCAAGGCUUAGUGGGGUUUAGUGUCGUUUGGGGCGUGACGGCCCUAAGCAUGGUCGGGACGUGGAGCAAGAUGAUCACUAUUAUCAGCAAGGACGACCCUACCCUCCCGACCUUUUCUUUCUCAUUCUUCACCGUCCUCAAGGGGGUCGGAAACCUCACCUCGGGCCCUAUUUCCACUGCCCUCCUCUCCAAGGGCCCUAUCGGGGGAAAAGGUGCUUACGGCGCCACAAACUACGGCGGCCUGCUCAUCUAUACCGGCGUCAUGGCUUUCAUUGGCGGUGUCCCCGCCCUGUUCUUCCCAACCAAGUAG